AUGCCCAAUUCCACUAUAAUGAUGGAGUUUCUUCUAAUGGGUUUUUCCGAUGUUUGGGAACUGCGAGUUUUACAUGCCCUUUCCUUCUUUCUGAUGUAUUUGGUGACAGUAGUAGGAAAUGCACUGAUUGUUACUGUCACCACCUUAGACAGGAAUCUCCACUCACCGAUGUACUUCUUCCUCAGGAACCUAUCUAUCUUGGAUGCAUGCUACAUUUCUGUAACGGUUCCAAACUCAUGCAUCAAUUCUAUGCUUGACAGUAGCACCAUCUCACUGGUCGGGUGUAUAGCACAAGUCUUCCUAGUGGUUUUCUUUGUAUAUGUCGAACUUAUGUUUCUCACGAUUAUGGCCCGUGAUCGCUAUGUGGCUAUCUGCCAGCCCCUGUACUACCCUGUGAUGAUGAGCCCGAAAAUCUGCCUUCAAAUGACACUGGCAUCUAUACUCAGUGGCCUCGUCUACGCAGCUGUGCACACCGGCAACACAUUUCGGCUGCCCUUCUGUCAGUCCAAUGUCAUUCAUCAGUUCUUCUGUGAUAUUCCUUCUCUGCUGAAGCUUUCUUGCUCUGACACCUUUAGCAACGAGAUGGUGGUUGUUGUCUCUGGUCUGGUGAUUGGUGGUGGUUGUUUCUUCUUCAUUAUCAGGUCUUACAUUCACAUAUUUUCUACUGUGCUCAAAUUUCCAAGAGGAGCAGACAGAUCAAAAGCGUUUUCGACCUGUGUUCCGCAUAUCCUUGUGGUGUCUAUCUUUCUUUCCUCAGGUUUUUAUGUAUAUCUGAGACCAUCCGCAAUCACUGCCACAAUCCAAGACAUGAUACUUUCUGUUUUCUACUCCAUAAUCCCCCCGCUCUUCAACCCCAUUAUCUAUAGUCUUAGAAAUGAACAAAUCAAAUGUGCCAUCAAGAGAAUUAUGAAGAAACUGUCUUAUUCAAGAAAUAUGUAA